CUUCAUGUCUGCUGCGUCCCCUCUCGGUAAAUUAAAUAGCCCCUUGCGCAAUUUGAUGAAUAGUGUCGCUGUCAAAAGCGUUAGGAGCAGAUGAAGGCAUGGUGAUGGACAGACAGCUGUGACAGAAGAGCGGAAGAGAGGCUGCGUCAUGUCUCCUCCUCACGGCUACAUGUAGUUCUUCUCCUGCCGAGCUGGAUGUCGGGGAGAGUUUGCUCAACUAUCACCGUCAGCGAGCCGUCCCGGGCUUUCAUGUCGUGUCGCUUAUAGCCUUCUUUUUUUUUUCUGGAUAACGAUGGAGACAAGAACGUGUCAAGUCUGAGUGCGAUGCGACAACUCUAAGCGUGACGAGCUUCUUGUGAACAUUUUCAACCUCCUCAAACUUCAACGCAGGAAGAAACAGCGGAGCUCGGCUCGGAAAGAGCCUCUGAGGGCAGCAUGGUGAACAGCCAGGCACCAGGCGUACCGCCGGCCCCCAGGUCGUGUGCAGGAUGUGGGGGAAAGAUCGCCGAUCGCUUCCUCCUCUUCUCCAUGGAGCGCUACUGGCACACUCGCUGCCUCAAGUGCUCUUGCUGCCAAGCCCAGCUGGGGGACAUUGGCACCACCUGCUACAGCAAAGGGGGCAUGAUUCUGUGUCGGAGUGACUACAUCAGACUGUUUGGGCACAGCGGGGCGUGCAGCGCCUGCGGCCAGUCGAUCCCAGCCAACGAAAUGGUGAUGAGGGCACAGGGAAAUGUUUACCACCUCAAGUGUUUCAGCUGUGCCACCUGUAGAAACAGACUGAUGCCCGGCGAUCGCUUCCAUUACAUCAAUGGUACGAUUUUCUGUGAGCACGACAGACCCGGCGCUGCCUUGCUCAACAGCCACCUGCCCCAACUGCAGAGCAACUCUGUGCUGACAGACCAGAAGGUGUGCUGAGUGGCAGGAGUUCUGCGCGCUGCCCUCAUCUUUCCUCCCGAGCUUCACCUCUUCUACCGCUACUGUCGCCAUUGUUGUGGAUUCUCAUCACCGCCCUGCCUCUCUUCCCCAGAGAGAAUGCAGUUUCUCACCAAGAUAUGCAGUAUGUCACCAUAUCAGAGACUCUGUGUACUGUAUACAAGGUCACAUUAAUGUUGUGUUCGAUGUUAAAGAGGUCUGUGCGUCAUGUGAACACUUACAGUAUGGAUGGACUGCACUUGCAAAAGGCUCCAUUGGGACUAAAAGAAAGCCUGAGGAAAGCGAUGACGAUGAAAGCCUCGCCAACUGGAAGAGGGAACAAAAGAUGCUUGAAUGAAUUUUUCAUGGACUGCUGUAAAAUGACUGUCAGAGCUUUGCUUAUGCCGUGUGGCAUUAUUUCCCCUGAGUGUCAGUGCUUUUAAUGAACUCUUGAUCUCUCUCUUGUAUAUGUUAAUCUGAACACUCAAGGAAAAACAAAAAUCUAAUGUUGCCGUCACCUAUGAAAACUGAUUUUCAGACACCCUGCACAAAGAACUGAAAUAAUUUUUUGUGUUUGUUUUGUUUUUUUUUUCUUCUGUAGAGUUUUAUUUCUUUGUCAGAUUCAAUGUGUGGACAAAUCUUAAGAUUUAAAAGCAAAAAUCCUAUUAAAAUGAUUUUCCUGUACUACAACUGUUCCAUAGUCCCAAAGUGAGCUGAGGUCAUUUUGCUGCCCCUUGGUGGCAUUAGAGCAGCAGUGUGGCACCUACCAUGGUGGAUGUGACUGUCUGUCUCACUCUUUAGCCCUGUAUGGUGAAAACAUGCCUGAUUACCCAGAGGAAUGGAAUUAGGGGGCUUGAGCUCUGACCAUUUACAGAAGCAAUUAAACAUGAGCCCUGUAUCUGUGCUGCUGGAGCUCCUGGGAGGCUGAACUUGGGGCAUAUCCCGUGGCUGACUGGCUCAGUGGCUGCCUGCCUGCCUGCCUGCCUCUAAUAAAGCCUAAUCUGAAAGCAGGCUAAUUAAAGGGGAGUGCCCCCCUCUACAUCCAGGGCAUUUGAAACAAUCUGAUGUAUUUACUGUUUACCAUGUCCCAAUUAAAGCUCCCACACAGCCUG